AUUUCUUCGAGCGCCCGCCAUGGAUACAUCGGACGACCUGCUGCGGAGCGACAUGAGCUCUGGUCACGCCAAGUAGACAGAGCGCCGUGCACAUCGUGUCGUGCGCUGACCCGGUGGAUGUUUGUAGCGAGGACGUCAAAGCGUCGGCGGUCCAGCGGAUGCGGAAGCUCCUCCUCAUGCCGGGCUACUCGCGGACUGCCGACGACUAUGACUUUAUGGACCGUUUUGGUACACGUGCCGUGCGGUCGGCCGGCGGUCAUGUCCGUGUGUUGGUGUAGUGCUGUACAUUCAGUUCUUUGUCGACCUCGACCAGGCCGAUCGGCAGCAGUAUCUCCAGGUCAGUCGCGGUGUGGUGCUUCAAAAGAACCAGAUCCUGUUCAACAUUGGCGACCCCGCCGACUCGUUCUACUGCGUCAUCUCUGGGUACGUUGAAAUGUGCAUGCUUGGUCGCCGCCCACCGCGACGACGGCAGGUCGCUUAACGUCGUUAUUGAUCUGACGCGCGUCCACCUCAACACCAAGCGUGAAAUGAACGAUAUCGUCAACCGCGCCAAGAUUUACUCGUGUUUGCACAACCCGGGCGUCGGCGUCGGUACGUCGAUCCAUCGAUCAAGUGGUUGUCUGCGACCGACGCGUUGCCGCCGCACGCAGACGAGUCCCCGUACUGCACGUCGUAUGUGGUUCGCAACCUCAAGCGGUUCGACGCGUUCGGCGACGUCGGCAUGCUCACCGUGGACGGCGUGCGCACCGCGACUGUCGUCGCUGUUGAAGACACGUUCCUCUUACGGAUCGAGCGCGAAGCGUUCUUGGACUGCCGCGUCUUCCAUCAGAGCAAAGAGAUCCACCACAAGCUCGCGUUUCUCGGCCGCGUCCGCGUGCUGCAGCACUGGGAUCGCGAGAGCAAGCUCAAGUUGUGUGGACGGAUGGAGCGCGUGCUCAAGUCGUACAACGACAUCGUGAUCGCGCAAGACGACGAGGCGCAGUCGUUUUACCUGGUUCAGCUCGGCGAAUGCCGCCUGGUCAAGCGGUACAAAACCAGCACGUUUGUGGAGCUGGGCACGGUGUCCAGUGGGCAGUAUGUCGGGUCGUUUGAGGUCUUGCAUGGGCUCACGCACGCUGCGUUUUCCGUGCUCGUGUCGUCCCCGAGCGCCGUGCUGUAUCGUAUCGACAAGCUCGACUUUCGCCAUCAUAUUCUUCGCGACCCCGUUGCCGAGGAGCUCUUGGCCGUCGACGCCGACGAGCUGUACGCCCGCAUGCACCCCGAAUCGGUCCACCGGGACCUGACGAUCAAUGCGCAAUGGACCAAGUGCCGGGAGUCCAUCGUGGCGGAAGCGACCCCCCGCCGACAAAGGAGGGCGCCGUACUUGCAGCCAUUCGACCACAGCCUGCACCCGUCGCCGUUGCACGGAGCCCCGAUGAUCUCUGUGCAUGCACCCCAGCACCACCCAUCGGACAACGUCAAGUUGAAGCUCCCCAUGUCGCCUUCGGCCAAACCGUCCCAUGCGCGCCGUCCGUCGAUGGGCCAACUGAAAACACCCACGUCACCGAGACAUAUCAAGCCAUGGCACGCCAUGUCGGCGGACGCGGCCUCGCAAAAGCUGUAUGUUGGCCAGCAGCACUGGUUGGAGUGGGCUUCGAACCGAGCAGCCAAUGUGUCCCUCGCCACGGAACGAGCUAGUGGUGUGCGGUCGGCACACACAUCCCCCCAUCCCCCCCCAGCGACGAACCCAUCCGAUCGCGACAAGGCACAUGAUGGAAAUGCUCCCCAUCGGACAGCUCAGAUCCUCGCCGGGAAAAAGAGCCGACCAGUCCAGCGCAUUCCCGAAGCCGUCUCGACCGUGCUAGCGGCCAUCGCACACACUGCGCCACCGUCCCAGUCGGAAUUCUAACGCAGAUCUUGCAAACGUUGUUGCAGCGUUAAAUAUGGAGGCAGCGGCGAACGCCGCCGCUCCCCAUUAUCGAGACGCGACGGGGCAUCGAGGAUUGCAGUCGAUAGUUUGAGCGUCUUCCCGGAUCGUGUACACCCACGGAUCCAAUGACGCGGUGCGUUUGGCGGACAGGGUUUGGAAGGGGGACGUUGCCGGGAACUGGGUGUGUCGCUGAACUUGGAGGAACGUCUUGAGGAGCGGCAGGAUCGGGCACGUUGACGGGUCGCACAGGGCGACACUGUCGGCGAGGAGCGUGACGGUAACGGCGAGGAAUUGGCUGAGGGCUGCGCGGCGCUCCAUCGCGACUUGAUCGAUCGUGCGGUCGUUAGAGAAGAACAUGCGAAGUUUCUUCCUCGGAAACGACAUGGACGACAAUGGCAGGUAGACGCUGCGGCAAGCACAGUCAGCGGCCGCUGUGAGCUCAAGCAACGAGUUGCGCAGACGGCGAAACUCCGAGUACCUCUUGUACACAACCCACCGGCGAUCGCCGUAUUGGACCAUGAUGCCGUACGAAAGAUGCGACUCCUUGGAGAUGCUCACAAUGGAUGUGGACAGGAGAGGAGCCAAGUCAGGGGACGCGCUGGAGGGACUGCAGUUGCGUGCGCGCAUGACGCAGUAAGAUGUCGAGUGACGCCCCGUAGCGGCAUGACGCGCCCACGACGCCAAAGACACAGUUACAGUCGUCCAUCGUCCUCGACUCUACUGAACGAUUCCGGCUCCACCAGGCACAUGCACAUCCAAGCAGACACUGGAUAUCUCGCGUCCUUGUU